GCCAAUAUCACUGCGCAUACCAAUGCAUUGUGAUGUGAGAUCGCACUGUGUGUUUGUUGUAUACAUUGUACGUAAUCAGUAUAUACAUUGUAAUGGUGAAAUGACUCAUAUGUGGACCAUUGGUGGAUUGCAGUGAUAGAAGAAUUUACCAGACGAUUUCAGGGAUUAUUUGGAAUUUAGAAGCCAAUGGAAUAUAACCGUCAGCUGGUCUGAUAAUACAGAAGGACAUUAGAGAAAACUGUACGAUAUAGGCUUGAAUCCGUCAACGUUUAACCGAGGCACAAGGCAGUACGCAGCUACCAAUACACAGUACACUACUACAGAACAAAAUGAAGUACAAUCAACUCUUGAUCAUCAUUAUUUCGAGCUCUCUCGCGCAUCGAACUUACGCUACCUAUUGUACAUCCGAUCCAUGUGAGAAUGGAGGCACAUGCUUCACUGGUGAAAGCUCCUAUCUGUGUGUUUGCCCCACAAGAUAUACCGGCCAAAACUGUGAGACGUAUAUAGAUGAAACUGAUUACAGCACAACUCCUUGCACAUCUAGCACGUGCUACAAUGGGGGAAUCUGCUACACUGGUCCCAAUGGGUCUUACUACUGCAAGUGUGCCAGUGGUUUCGGGGGGACCAACUGCGAAAUAGCAGAGGACACAGUCGUCGCCAAUACUACAGACCCUGGUAGUGUAACAAGCUGUACAUCGAGCACCUGUCACAACGGGGCCACGUGCUACACGGGCAUAUCCUCCAAUUCUUUCUUCUGUCUGUGUCCCAGUGGCUAUGCUGGUGUACAAUGUGACAGAGUGACUGCAACAGUACCACCUCUUGCCGUCCGUUAUUGUGCUUCGGAACCUUGUGAAAAUAAUGGGACGUGUUAUACAGGACAGUCUGGGUACAUCUGCCUUUGCUUAGCCGGCUUUACUGGACAGCACUGUGAGACAAAACUUUUGUGUAAUUCCAACCCGUGUCAAAAUGGCGGUACAUGUUUCACAGGCCAAUCCAGCUACAAGUGUGUCUGCCCCGGUAGUUUCACCGGGGAAGAUUGUGAGACUCCAGCGAGUUGCACUGAUGUUCCUUGUGAGAAUGGGGGUUCUUGCACUCCAGUUGGUGGGAACACAGCAGACAUGGUGUGCACCUGUCCAAAUGAUUUCUAUGGUGUGCAGUGUGAGCAUCAUGUUGAUAUUUGCUCCUCUAGCAGCCCAUGUCUGAAUGGAGGAACUUGCUUCACAUCGAGCCAGAACCAGACAGCAUUUAUCUGUUCUUGUCUUAGUGGAUUUGAGGGAAACCUGUGUGAACGUUCAAAUCCAUGUGCGAAUAACCCCUGCCUCAACGGUGGCGUAUGCUCGCAUCCGUUAGACCCAACCAACGACAUGAUCAUGUGUCAGUGCUCCAACGGCUUUGUUGGUCAGCGAUGCGAGAUUAUGGACACUGGUGUUGGAGCUUGUGUUACAGGUGUUUGUAUGAAUGGAGGCACCUGUAUCCCUUCGCCUUUUGCUGCUGGCGGCCUGACGUGCCUGUGCCCAGCCUCCCACACAGGCACUCGCUGUGAACAACAGAAUCCGUGCAAUUCUUCUCCAUGCCAGAAUGGUGGAUCAUGUAUACCAACCAGCAAUGGUACCAGCUACCAAUGUGAAUGCCCGGAAGACUUUGUCGGCAUUAACUGUGAUGUUCCAGUCCCCCUUGCCUGUGGCAGCGAUCCUUGUUUGCACGGCGCCGCCUGCAUUGACGUGGGGGAUGGAAAUUACAGGUGCGCAUGUCUGGAGGGCUACACCGGGCGCAGGUGCGAAGUCAUUGGUCCAUGUGUGUCUUCACCUUGUAUGAAUGGUGGACUAUGUGUUGAAGUUGUCUACAAUCCUGGGAACUUUGUGUGCCAUUGCAGCAACCAGUAUACAGGGCCUACGUGCACCAUCCCACCCCAGGAAGAUCCGUGCAAUUCUUCUCCGUGUCAGAAUGGUGGAUCAUGUAUACCAACCAGCAAUGGUACCAGCUACCAAUGCGAAUGCCCGGAAGACUUUGUCGGCAUUAACUGUGAUGUUCCAGAUCCCUGUAGCCCCAGCCCUUGUCUGAACUCCGGUGUGUGUAACGCCAUUCCUGCGGCAGGCGGAACGUGGGGCUUCUACUGCGUCUGCACUGGCCAGUACUUGGGCUUGACGUGUUCUGUACAACGUGCCUGCGUCAGUAACCCCUGCUUGAAUGGUGGACAAUGUGUAGAUGUACCUGAGUCAGCAGGCCAGCCCAUCUAUGGAACUGAACUACACAGUGGGAUGCUACAUUACAACUGUCGCUGUCUGGACGGUUGGACCGGCCAAAACUGCGAAACACAAAUCACAGAUCCCUGUCAGUCCCUUCCAUGCAAGAACAAUGGCACGUGCUUCAGGAGCCACUCAACCAAUAGGUUCUUCUGCAGUUGUCCUGAAGGCUUCUAUGGACAACUCUGCGUAGCCGAUCCCUGCGCAGCCAACCCGUGCAAGAACAACGCUACGUGUCAGUCAACCGGGAAUGAGUACACCUGUAUAUGUGCCACUGGCUACUCGGGCGUUGACUGCACGGUGGAGGAUCCAUGCCACACCAAUCCCUGUACGAAUGGAGGAACAUGCACAUUGACGGAUACAUGGUUUGAAUGCAGUUGUGCCCCAGGCUACAUUGGCAGUGACUGCUCACAACAAGAUCCAUGUUUUGAGAAUCCCUGCUUGAACGGCGGUAACUGUAUGAAACGUGGCGCGGGCAACACGCUGGACUACCAGUGUCUGUGUCCUCUUGGCUACGGUGGCCUGACCUGUGGAGUAUAUUUCGGAGAAGUGAACAAGUGCGUGCUGAACCUGUGCGAGAAUGGUGGCAGUUGCUACCAGGGCUCGGCCUCCUCGGCGGGUGCCUACAUCUGUGUGUGUGCCCAGGGCUACCAGGGGAGGAACUGCAACGAGCUGGUGCUUGCAGCCCCUCUAAGUGCGACCCGUAGCUCUUCCAAUCCCUGUGAGCCGGAUCCGUGCCAGAACGGCGGUAGGUGUUUUCAGGGUAGCAAUUCGACCAGCUACUUAUGCGUGUGCCCGGAGGGUUUCAUAGGAGACCACUGUCAGAGUCCAAAUACGACAGCCGUACCCACGACUGGUGUACCCAUGACUGCUGCACCAAUGACUGCUGCACCAGGUUGUGUCUAUUCAUCCCAAACGUACAUGGAUGGAGAAACUUGGCAAGAUGGCUGCAAAGACUGUAUGUGCAGUGGAAGUGAGUACUCCUGCACAACCGAGCGCUGCCAGUGUACCUCAGGCAGCCGGAUAUAUAACAAUGGGGAAUCGUGGGAAGUCGGUUGUCUGUUUUGCUCCUGUUUGAAUGGUCAAGCAUCCUGCUCGGACAUGAACUGUGCAAACCGGUGUCUACAUGAGAGUCGUUUAUACGAUCCUGGCCAGACCAGAACAGAUAACUGCAACAUGUGUACUUGUAAUGCUGCCGUCUGGACGUGUACAAACAAUCCUUGUGGUAAAACUUGCACAUAUAUGGGCAGAGUGUACCUUGCAAAUGAAAAUCGGAAGGACGACUGCAACACGUGUUCCUGUAUAGAGGGACAAUGGGGUUGCACAGAGAGAACAUGUGAUGCCGCUCCAAUUGUAAUCCAAGUGGAAUUUGACUUCACCAACGAUUUCAGUAGCGUAGCUGGCAAGGAAGAACAGUUCACUACGGCAUUGAAGGCAAACCUCAUGCAGUUGUUACGAGUAAGGGAAAGCCAUAUUCAGAACUUGACGAUAUCUGCUGGCAGCAUAAAGGUCAGGUUCAACCUUGUCGAGAACAAGACAAAUAAUGUGGACAUUGAGACAGUGGCUGUCGUAUUGGAAACAUCGAUCAGCAAGAAUUCCUACACCUUCAUAUUUGACAACCAGCAGUAUGAAUCGGACCCGGCAUCUUUCAGGAUAGUAAGACAAGGCACACCUACACCGACUCCUGGUCCUGAGUCUAACUCGCUCAUCAUCAUCAUAGUUGUGGUGACCUGUGGGGUCGCCGGCAUUCUUAUAGUCAUUGGAUCUGUCUGUUGGAUGGUGAAAAGACAUAGUACAACAAGAGGCAUCACAGAAUAUGGAGAUGACCGUUUACCCAGCCAUAACCCUUCAUUUGACUUCGAUAAUGGAGGAGACGAUUAUCAAAACUCCAUAAGCAAGAUGUGAUUUAAAAAAAAAUUCUUAUUCAAUUUUUUGUAUAUAAAUCAUUCAUGUAUAAGUAAACAACCAACUUUUUAAUGUAGAACAUGCACAAUAGAUUCUUUGCAUUGCAGCCAUCUUUGAGAUACAUGCUUUUGUAUAACAUGAGUAGACUUUGUCUGCAGUCAUUGUUACAGAAUUAAAAUGACAAACUCACCUCCAAAAUGGCACCUGAAUUCAAAGGGUCUAUUGUAAUUUUUACCUUUUUUUCCAUCAAAAGCCGGAACUCUGAUCCUGUACAUAAUUAUAUUCAGAUUAGGCAGCUCAGACAAAGAUUUUUUUUCUGGGAAAUAAUUUGAAACUUUAUAAUGUUAAUUGAACUAUAUCUUCAAUAUUAAAUAUUUUUAAAAGUUUUAUAUUAUAAAUGGAAAAAGGGACCAACUUGGUGGUUUGAAUUUGUGCAAACUCCUACUUGAGAAUUGUUAUGGAUGUCGACAUGAAAAGCAUAUAAGAUCAUUUGCAUUUAUCCUAAAAGUAACCUCCCGAAUAACUAUCUAAAAUGCUAACUUGGUUGAAGAUUGUACUGGUACUAAAUAUUCAGUGAAACUGUUCCAUCUGGCUUGCUGUCAUUUUGAAGAAAUCAAGAAAUGCAGGAGAUUUCCAACGAUCAGUCAAUUGCCUGAUUUUUGUAAAUAAGGAGUGCUAUCAACGAAAUCGUAUUUCAUGAUCAAAAGGUUGGCAUGGUUUUUCACUAUUUUCUUGAGAAGUGUAAUAACCACUGAGAUGAACCUUCAACAGGUUAGGUUUUGGACAUUCGUCUUUGGAUUUUGUGUUAUUAGUGUGGUGUUAUUAUUGGAAGCAGACAAAAUGCAUGGAAAGCGAAUGAUCGUAUAUGUCCUUCAUUCAUUAUUGUUUGUUUUAAUCUCAGUAUAUGUACAUGCUCCCUGGUGGAGAAUACUGAAUGUUAGAGUUUGCAGUCAAGUAAUCAUAAGCUGUCAUUAGUCAAUUAUAAGUCAGCCAGUUUCUUUUUUUUUUUUUUGCUAUAAUGGUCGGAGAUUUGACUUGUACUUGUCUUAACAACAACUAUGCCUUGUGCUUAUUUUAUCAAAAUUAUAUUCAAUUGUUCCAUUGAUUUAUGAUCAAGAAAUUGUUAGUGUAGGACUUUAAUUAUAUUUUCAUUAUGCCGUAAUUUGGAACAGACAUAUUGAUGUGAGGGAUGGUAUAGUUAGAAUCCAACAAUGUUUUCCAACUAGAGGCCAAAAACAAAAUGCCUUGUUUUUGAAGAACACUUUAAAUUUGGAAAUCACAAUGCAGUGGACUUUUGAAGAAGA